UACCCACAGCUUGCAUUCCUGAAAUGGGUCUAUCUCGGAAUCGGAGCGGGGAAGAUUACCUGGAAGGAAUGCUCAGUGAUCUUGUUGUGGCAAAGGGCAAGCCUAAACCGCAGAAGAAGUCACCGACUCGCUUCGUAACCCUCCUGACUUGUCUCCAGUUCGCCUUUGCAGUUUACGCGACACUCCUCCUCUAUUCCAUGAGCCCAACGAUAGAUAUCCGAACAAAGCCAGACUUUUCGUGGGCUCAAAGAAUCGCGCAGCAAGUGAAACAGUUGAUGGUUGUCCCUCCAAACGGAGACAGCCCGUACCAAGAAUCUGGAAUUUCAGCAGUAUCUCAUUUCACUACGGCUGAUGUUUGUGAGAGUGAGAAAAUAGAUUUCGAGCAGAAGAAGUCUGACGAUGCAAAGAUGAUCAAGUUGAAGACGGAGCUUUAUCAGGAGGUGCUGGACUUCCAGUCCAAGUCAUUCGGUACCGAAACGCUUCCUCAGCUCAUGGCAAUGAAAUCCCGGUGGGACCUCAAAAAUGGACUAAACAAUCCGAACGCCCUUCCGAAAGUCACAGUGAUCCUGAACCAUUUCAAGAGGAAAACACUUUGUGCACAGCUUGAGUCUUUGCUCAAUCAGACCCUUCCUUUCCAUCACGUUUGGGUGAUAGCAUUCGGUAGCCCGAACGAGCUCUCGCUUAAGCGAAUAGUAGACAGCUAUAACGACACAAGAAUCAGUUUCAUCAGCUCAACCUAUGAUUUCAAGUACUAUGGAAGGUUCCAAAUGGCUUUACAAACGGAGGCCGAUCUCGUUUACGUCCUCGAUGAUGACAUGAUUCCCGGCAGGAAAAUGUUGCAGAUUUUGUCGCACGUUGCCGGGACAGAAAAGUACAAGAACUCUGUUCUGGGAAGCAUAGGGAGGAUUUUGCCUUUUAGGCAGAAGGAUUUAACUUUCCCUAGCUACCGGAAGUUCGGGUCGAAAGAAGCAGGUCUUUAUCUGCCUGAUCCUGCUUAUGAUAUACUGGUGAAUAAGAUUGUGCAGGUGGAUUUUCUUUCGAGCUCGUGGUUUUUGUCUGCGGAGCUUGUCAAGACGCUUUUCAUUGAGACGCCGUUCACCUUCAUGACCGGCGAAGAUCUGCACCUAAGUUACCAACUCCAAAAGUACAGAAAUGCAGGCUCAUUCGUGCUGCCAGUGGACCCAAAUGACAAAGAAACAUGGGGCGACAGCGAGCACAGACUCGCCUACGUAUCCGAAACCACCGUGAUCUUCAAAGGCAUAGUCCAAGUCCGCGACGACCAGUGGUGGAAAGCCCUCUCUACUGGCUACAUCACCCAGUGGGCCGCGAUGAACCCUCAAAAGAUCGACGCGUUCUUCUACGCCCACUCUCUCGAAGAAGUCAAAGCUCUUGCACCUCUCCUCAACAAGUUCCGGUCCACCUUCGGGAAGAAGGCCUACAUCGCCGUCUCAGGGGGCAGUUUCUGCCCUUGUGAGGACGCUGCCGUUGCCCUCAACUGGCCUAAGUCGGUGUGCACGGAGAGGAGGUUCAAGAUAUUUGACUUGGCAGUGGGGGCGGGUUCGUCCGGAGUUUCGGACUCUGAAGUGCCUGUGGUGCAAGGAGUGUACUCCAGCAUGAAAGGGUUGAUCAAGAUGCAUGACCCGAGCGUUCUGAUUGCGGUGUCGGAUACCGAUCCCCAUGUGUUGAAAGCUCUGAGGAUGGCCUCGGAGACCACGGGAAACGGUUCGACGCUUGUCCUUCUUCCGAGGCCUUCUGUGGAAAAGGUUCUCUGGAUGGCUGAUCUAAGAUCUACAGCACUACCAUACUGGAAUAAAAUGCGGAUUUCCAUCAACAUCAUCACCCAAACCCGCGUCAAGUCGUUACUAAGGCUUCUCAAAUCUCUAACUGACGCUUAUUACGUGGGCGAUGAAGUCCCCAUCACUUUCAACAUGGACAGCAGAGUAGACGAGGACACCAUAAAAGCUGUGAACUCGUUCACUUGGCCCCACGGCCCGAAAAUCCUCAAGAGAAGAAUCAUCCAGGGAGGACUAAUCCGAGCUGUUAGCGAGAGCUGGUACCCCUCCUCGGAUGACGACUACGGCCUGCUACUGGAAGACGACAUCGAGGUCUCUCCUUACUACUACUUAUGGGUCAAGUACGCCCUCUUGGCAUACCACUACGACCCACAAGUCUCUCUCCCCGAGCUCUCUUCGAUCUCUCUCUACACGCCUCGUUUGGUAGAAGUGGUGAAAGAGAGACCCAAGUGGAAUGCGACAGAGUUCUUCAAGAAAACCCCAAACACACCUUACCUCCACCAGCUACCCUGCAGUUGGGGGGCGGUCUUCUUCCCGAAACACUGGAAAGAGUUCUAUGUGUACAUGAACAUGAGGUUCACUGAGAAUGCCAAGGAAAACCCGGUUCAGAUCCCGAAGUCGAGAACCAAUGGGUGGCAAGCUUCUUGGAAGAAGUUUCUGAUUGACAUGAUGUAUCUGAGAGGGUACGUUAGCCUGUACCCGAAUUUUCCCAAGCAGGCGAGCUUUUCGACCAAUCAUAUGGAGCCGGGGGCUCAUAUCGCUGCCAAGGACAAUGUCUUGAAGCAUGACAAGAGUGAUUUUGAGGUGCCACUGUUGAAGGAAGACUUCAGGAAUUUCUUGCCCGGUGGAAAGUUGCCGUCGGCCUCGAAAUUGCCGUCGUUGAACCUUUUUAACAGGCCGGUUUCGUUGAAGGGACUCAAGGCUGCCGGAGCGAAGUUGAGGCAGGAUGUGCUUGAGUGUGAAGCAACGGAGACGGUGAUGGUUGAUCAUAAUACGGGGUUGCCUUCGCGUUGCGCGGGAUUCUGAGGACUUUUUAGAGAAUUGUUUUUAAAAAUGGUUUUUUUUUAUUGGUCAAAAUUAAAAAGCAGAUCUCAACUAUUGAUUGCCGAAAUGGACGAUCGAGAUUGUGCGGAGUCACCGUCGUCAAUAAGUUUCUCUCUUUUUUUGUUUAAGUAUUUUGUGUUGGUGUAAAAUUUGAAUUUCACUUAAUUUGGGUGGGAAAUGGAAGCCAAAACUGGCACUCCUAAUUGCCCACCAAAAGAUCUCUUUUAAUUGUCCCCUUGUUGCAAUGUGUUCAUGAGUAAUGGUAAAAAAAGGCUGAAGUUCUCUUU